AUGGAAAUUGACAGGCAUUUAAGGCCUUUACCAAUCAAUUGUGGGUCAAAGGUCAAUGAAUCACUGGUGAAUAGCAUUGAUGGCAGGCCUGAUGCAUGCCUUGGUGGGAGUACUUUGGCAGAGGGUAUAAAUCUAACUAUGAUUGUUGAGGAUGUAUAUGCUCAAACACAAGCACGAGCUGGUAAGGUCCUCGCUGAUCAGACUAGGUUCGAUAGAGAAGAAGUUACUGAGUCAGUGAUAGAGCAAAACAGCUACCAUACAAUAGCUACUCCCAUUGAGAAGCAGCAAAACAUUGAGAAGGGAAACGCUUCUGUUAAUUCUAAAGCGUCUAACCAGGUUAAGGUUAGGGACUGUGUUCAGGGUGAACUAGUCAGAAAUAAGGAUGCUGGAUACAAAGGGGUACAAAGUCUGACACAAAAUCAUCAUCUUAUUUUAGAUGGACAAAGUGAACAGUGGCAAAUAGUGAAGAGCAAAGGGAAAGAGAAUGUGAUAGAAGAGCAACCUUUAAGACUGGAGGUAAACUUGUCAUCUGAAAUAGAGUGCUCGGUGAAAAGGGCUGUAGAACCUUCCAACAAGUUCUAG